AUGGCGGAGCAUCAAUUAUACAAUUUCCAAAACUGUAAUGAUGGUUCUUCUAGAACACAACAUUUUUCAAAUGAUGACAAUGGAUAUCAUCAAAACUAUUACUGUGGCGCUUUUCAGCCACGUUGUGCCAUGAUUAAUCCAUAUUCAGAUAGAAUUAGAUAUAGAAAGCCGAAAAAUUUUAACCCUAAUGACCAAAUUAAGGCUUUUAUAAUCAACAAUGAAAUGGAGUUCAUCAAAAUCAAUGAAAAUUUUGUAUUUGCAAGAAAAAGGACUAUUAAUAGCUAUUUCCGCGAAACAGAUGCGGCUGGUCACGAAGAUAUACAACAGAUAUCUACGGUUUUAUUAGAAAAUAAAUUUGACGGUUACUCAGAUCAAAAAGUGGUGGAUACAAUUAAAUGUUUUAUUUUGAAUAAACAUGUAGACUUUCUUACAAUACCAUCAAAAAGUCUAGUAUAUGAAAGAAACAAAAGGAAUGGUGGUCUGUUCAAUAAAUCUAAACACACCAUGAAAGAUAUCGCUAAUCUGAAUUUGGAAGAACGUCCUGUAAUCUUCAUUGAAGGACAAUGGCAGACUUCAGUGACUUCUGAAGAUGGCACAUUAAUGAGGCAAUGCAGAUUAAUCAUAUUGGAUAGCGAAGAGAAAGAACAGAUGUUUUAUAAAAAGUUAAGAAUAAGAAAAGAUAAAGUAUUAAGUAAAAAACUGAAUAAGGAGGCAAUUGAAAUCCAAGAAAAUAUGGAAAGGAAGGAAAAUAUGGAAAGGAAGGAAACACAGAAAGCGGAGGUUAAAGAAAAUGAAAAACAAGAAAUAAAUAUAAAAGAAAAUAACGAGAAAGAAAUAAAAAAGCAGAAUAAGGAGGUAAAUAAGAUGCAAGAAAAGUUUGGAGUAAAAAUGAAAGAAGAUAAUGCUGGAGUAUUGACUAUUUAUGAAAUUCUUGGUGUUUCUGGAGAAGGAUUUAUUUAUGGUUACCAUUGUGAUAAAAAGACAGAUAAGAAGAAAUAUUAUGUAAAAGAAACAUUUGUUACUGGUACUGUAACAGUACCUAGAGGCCUAUGCGAUAUCCAUAUGAGAGUUUUCAGUGGGACUCGAAUUAUGGUACUGUAUUUCAUCAAAUGGGUGCAGAAGUCAGCCAAUGCUGGUAGGCUGGGCUCGCGAGGAGGAGAAAGACGAACAUGA